AUGGGCAUUCAGGGUCUUAUUAAAGUGAUAGGUGAUAAUUGUCCAGCUGCAAUUACUUCUAACGAAAUUAAAAAUUAUUUUGGUCGUAAAGUUGCAAUUGAUGCCUCAAUUUCAAUAUAUCAGUUCUUAAUCGCUGUUAGACAACAAGAUGGACAACAGUUAACUACAGAAGCUGGUGAAACUACAAGUCAUUUAAUGGGAUUAUUUUAUCGAACAAUUCGAAUGGUGGAAAAUGGAAUUAAACCUUGUUAUGUAUUUGACGGUAAAUCACCUGUUUUAAAAUCUGGACAACUUGCGAAAAGAUUAGAGCGUAGAAAAGAAGCAAACAGAAAUCUUGAUGAAGCACUUGAAACUGUUGAUGAUAUUGAUAAAUUUAGUCGUCGUACUGUAAAAGUUACGCCUCAACACAAUGACGAAUGUAAACAAUUGUUAAGGUUAAUGGGAAUCCCAUAUGUAGAGGCGCCGUACGAAGCAGAAGCACAAUGUGCAGCUCUAGCUAAAGCAGGAAAAGUUUAUGCUGCAGCAUCAGAAGAUAUGGAUACAUUAACAUUUUCAUCGCCUAUUUUAUUGCGACAUUUAACAUUUAGUGAGAGUAGGAAGUUACCAAUUGAUGAAAUUAAUCUUAAUAAAGUUAUCGAAGGACUUGAAGUUUCAAUGGAUCAAUUUAUCGAUCUUUGUAUUUUGCUGGGAUGUGAUUAUUGCGAAUCGAUCAAGGGAAUUGGCCCUCAUCGUGCCGUAGAACUUAUUAAAAAGCAUGGAAGUUUAGAGGAAAUCAUAGAAAAUUUAGAUCCCAAGAGGUAUACAAUACCAGAAGACUGGCCAUAUAAAGAAGUACGUGAAUUAUUCAAAAAACCAGUUGUAAAAGAUCCAAAUGAGAUCGAGAUUAAAUGGGAAACUCCCGAUGUUGAGGGUAUUGUUGAUUUUUUGGUACAUCAAAAGAAUUUCAGUGAAGAACGUGUUCGUAAAAGUGUGGCCAAAUUGGCAAAAAAUAUUAAAGCUACAACACAAUUAAGGAUGGAGAACUAUUUUACACCAAGUACUAAUAAAAAAUCUUCUACCAAACACAAGAAAUCAAAAACAUCUACUAAUAAAAAAUCAAUUACUACUAAACUAAGUGGAGCUCGUGGUAGACCUAAAAAAUGA